AUGAGACAAGAGCUGUGGUGUUUCCGAAGAUAUCAAGGAGAGGUUGAUACUAGUACUCUUGGGCGUAAACGUGCCACAUGGAAGAGAUGGCCACAGUUCACGUGUCCCUUAUCCAAGACCUUCGUUGUCGAGAGCGGUCCACCAGGAGAUAGGGCGUGCUUCUUUUAUGGUCUUCGCGAGGCCAGAAGGGCUCCAGUUGAAUGGUUGGGACAUCAGCAUCCAAAUGGGACAUGGCGGUGUUUAUCGGCGACAGUUUCUCCGGUACUCGUUGAUGCUGCCGCUGCGGCUCUUGCGGAUGAUCCAUCAUUGAGUCCCUCGGAGUUAUUGGCGAUAUGGGAGGGAGACAGAAAGCGCGACGAAUACGGGGAUGAUGAGAGGCGGUGGCUCGAGAAAACCGAAGAGGACGAGGAUCAUCCCUCCUUAUCCGGCAACAUAAGAGAUUUGAUAAGCGCUAUCACGCACAGAAAGCAGCACGGAUUGCGAGUAGACAGGUUCUUAGAGGAGAUUCAGAAGCCAGCCACAGAAGCCGAGGCGGCCGGUGGUCCUGGGUUGGCAGAGAGGAUUGAUGCAGUCCUCAGAGCUACCGGCGGUAAUGGGGCAGAUAACGACAUCAGAGCUCUCGACUAUGCGGAUACCCUGGUUGUCGCUGGGGAUCCAGUGAUCGAGACUGACUCCUCUGACGCGACCGUCAGACUCACGAUAACACUGAGCUCGGCUCGCAUGAUCUGCAACUACUUAUCGUCUAUCCAGAUAAGUACGGAUGUUACGUACAAUUUGGUACUCG